AUGUCAGAUCCUCCGGGUACGGGAGCCGCUCAUGCGGUCCAGCAGCAGCAAAACACCGAUCAGUUAUUGCUCCAGAUCCUGAACCAACAACAACAGCUUAUGGCAAAACUCACAUCGCAGAUGUCAGCCACCCAGUUAACCAUACAGGGCCUGUCAAGAGAUGAAAUCACGUUAGAUUCUCUUGCCAGCAACAUCGUCGAGUUUGUCUACGAUCCAGAUCAAGGAUGCACGUUCGACACUUGGUAUUCAAGGUAUGCAGAUCUGUUUGACAAGGAUGCGGGACGCUUGGAUAAUGCUGCGAAAGUCCGGCUGCUAAUGAGGAAAUUAAACCCAGCAGCACAUGAGCGCUUCACCAGCUUCAUUCUCCCGAAGAAAUCAAAAGAUUUCACCUUCGAACAAAUCAUCGAGAAGCUUAAAACCAUUUUUGGAUCGCCAGUGUCUAUCUUUCAUCGUCGAUAUCAAUGUCUUCAAAUUAUUAAAGACGACGCAGAAGAUUUCGUGUCAUAUUCUUGCAAGGUAAAUCGAGCAUGUGUGGAUUUCAAGAUCAGUGAUCUUUCGGAAGAGCAGUUCAAAUCACUCAUUUUCGUGUGCGGAUUAAAAUCGUCAAGAGAUUCCGAUAUUCGUAUGCGGCUCAUUACUAAAUUGAACGACACUUCUGAAAUUUCGCUGGAGAAGGUAGUUGAAGAGUGCAAGAACCUGGUGAAUCUGAAAAAGGAUAACAGUCUCGUGGAAAAUCCGCGAACGCAAGCGGUCGUACAUGCAGUUAAGCAAAGUAGAUACAAAUCGAAGUCAAACCACAAGCACCUUCGAUCGGCCGCAGGUUCCAGUAUCGAUCGACCAAGAACCCCUUGCUGGUCAUGUGGAGGCAUGCAUUUCUCAAAGGACUGCCAGUACCGCGAGCAUCAGUGCCGUGACUGCAAAAAGAAAGGGCACAAGGAAGGUUAUUGUGCCUGUUUUUCGAAAAAGUGUUCUUCAAAUAAAAAAAUAUUUACUGCGAGCAAAGACGUCAAGGGGGUAUCAGUCAAGAACGUCAGCCAAAGGAGGAAGUUUGCUGAGAUCCAAAUCAACAAGGUUCCAGUCCAGUUGCAAAUAGAUUCAGCGUCAGAUAUUACAAUUAUAUCUGACCAGCUUUGGAAACACAUUGGGCAGCCUCCAGGAGUCAGGCCAACAUGCAGUGCUAGAACAGCGUCAGGACAACCACUUGAUCUAACGCUGGAAUUCUGGUGCGACGCGCAAAUCGGCGGCAUUUCUAAAAAAGGUCUGUGUCGUGUUGUAUCAUCUAAUCUUGAUUUGAACAUUUUAGGCGCAGAUUGGAUAGAAUUGUUCGGACUGUGGGACGUUCCUUUUAGUUCAAUUUGUCACAAAGUCACCGGUUCACAAAAGCACAAUGUUGAAGCGUUACAGGCACAGUUUUCAGCAGUAAAAUGGGACUGUGUACUAAGACGAAAGUUCAGCUCACUUUGA